CCACCCCUCAAGGUACAAAGUCGGGGAAGGCUAUAGUGUCAACAGGCACCAAGGUACCCGGCGCGAGGCGCUCCAACUCGCGAGAAAUACGGUGGUCGCCAGCAUCGGCGCCGACGGCCACACCUACAACCCUAUCAUCAUCUACAAAGGCCAGCGUAUGCAACCCGCUUGGAUCCAGGACAAGAACGGCGUCCCCGAUGCGAAGUACACCGUCACGGAGUCAUCCUCCAUCCAGAGCCACGUGUUCCUCGACUACCUUCGAGACCUCGGCGAACAGCUCGAUGCACGCGGCUUGCAGGGCAAAGUUGCCCCUGUGCUCGAUGGCCACGCCUCGCACACGACCUUCGACGCCGUCAGCUUGGCUAUCUGUCUGGACAUCGACAUUUUCCAGCUCCCGUCCCACGCAUCGCACAUCACCCAGCCCUUGGACGUUGGUACGUUCGGAACCUUCACGAAGGAGCUCACCAGGGUGCUCACGGCCUACCCACUGAAAAUCGGGAGGAGGAGUCCGGUGAAGCGCGACAUGGCUGGCGUGAUUGCGGAGGCAUGGAGAGGGAGCUUCACGCCUGCGAAUAAGAUGGCGGCGUUCAAAGGGGCGGGCUUGUGGCCGGUGAACAUGGAGAUGGCCAUCAACCGACUACACGGCAAGAGGAAGCAACGGGAGAAUGACCGCCCUAUCCCUGAAGACCUCGCCACCUCGCCGUCGUUGCCUCCAAGAAGCAGCUCGAAGAAGAUCUCGGCCACGCUGCCCUCCUGGAGCUGAAACGACAGGGAGUGAUGAUCGAGGGGCUCCGCGUGAACGCCGUGUUCCUCGUCGGGCUCACCCGCCUCACCAAGCGCUCCAAGUCUUUCGCGACCGUUCGGGCGGGCGGGGGGAAGCCCGAGGGCGGUCUCCUGUCCGCCGAGGAACUCCUUGCUAAGGCCAGGAAGGACAAAAAAGAGAAGGAGGCAGCUGAGAAAGCCAAGGCAGACAACGCCAAGGCCCGUACAGAGGCAAGGGCAGCGAGGGAGGCCAAUCUUGGGUGGGGGUGGGCAAAACGGUACGCGGACGGAGGUCGGGGGGCGCGGGUGUGGUGGGGGUCAGGAAGGGCGAGACGGGCGCGACCAGGGACAGGGUGGCCGGGUCCGCCCCGCUGGUGCUGGCAGAGAGGGAAGGGGGACCGGUGCUCGCAUUCAAGAAGGAGCGGGACGGCCGAGAGGGGCGGAGGUUCCCUUGGUUCAGCCGGCGGCGGCGGCGGCCCCUUAUUCCUCUCGAGAACGGCGACGAACCCCGACACCAAUCGUUGAUGUGUAGACUAGAUGCUGUACGGUCAUCGUUUUUUUAUUCGAGUGAAGGAUGAAUUGUUGGAGUGAGACAUGCAGAAAACGUCAAUUGAGUGUCGAGGUGCCGAUAUGCAUUCCAGGGUUGUGCUUCAACAGCUUUGCUUUGUACCACGGGGGGGAGGGGGGAUGGGGGGUGUAGAGGUGUUUUCCGGAUUCCCGGGGACGUUGAAAUGCUGUCCCCGGGCCUGAAGGGCUAUUGAUUCUUUUCGCUGCUUCGUGACUUGAGCUGAUCGUCUUGGAAGGACCUUUCGAUGGGGCGUUCGAGUGGUGGGGAACAGGUGCGGUUUUCGGCGAGAAGUCUCGCUGCAGUGCCAAGCUGCUUUUUGCCU